AGAAAUUUUAAAAAAGAUGUCAGAAACCUCUACUGUUGCCAAGAAGACAAGAAAACACUCUACCAAAAAGAGAUCUCACAAGGAUAAAGAUGCCUUGUUACAAGAACAGCAAGCUUUGCAACAACAACAACAAGAACAAGAAACACAAAGCAGCUCAGGCAGUAACAGCAAAAUGCCCAGUCUUCGAUUAGACUUGAACCUGGAAGCUGAAAUCUAUAUCAAAGCCAAGGUCCAUGGUGAUGUUACUCUAGCAUUGUUAUCAUAUUAUAUUCGUGCAAGAUGA